AUGGAUGAAGAUCAACAAAACAUUCAUGUCCAAAGAAUUAUGGAUGAAUCAGAAGAAAGAGAAAUUCGUUACCUAAAGUGCAUUAUAAAAUCAGGAUAUCUCGAAUUUGAAUGGUCCAUUAUUACGCCAUCAAAGUGGGACUGGAUUGGACUUUAUGAGAAUAACAGUAAAGAAAAUACAGAUUGGCUCAAUGGUCAUUGGUUUUAUAUCUCUAAUCAUAGCCAUCGUGAGACUUUAACCGAUGGUCGAUAUUCUUUUACUGGUACACAUUGGAUUGGAACCGUAUCUGGUCAAAAUCAAAUCAGGUUAAAUACAUACGAAUCUUAUAAUGUGCAUAAAACUUAUGCACACUUGAAUGUACUCAACCCGGAUUUUGCACAUUUUGACAAGUUUCGUGUACAUUAUGUCAAAAAAGGAUUGCAACACUUAUUUAGUCGUCACAAAACCGAUUGGGGAUUCAAUCAAGAUGAUAACUGGAAUAGUCGAAAUCGGGAAAAACUUCUAGAAACACUUCAAGAAUUUACUAACAGAAAUGAAAAUAAUGUUAAUGUUUACCUUGGAACGUAUAAAAAUCAAAGUGUGUAUCUUGUAAUUGAUCACACAUCGUACCAAUGUCUUAUGGUUUAUCGUGGAGGGGAGAAAGAUUAUUUCUUAUUGUCCGGAUGGGUACUCAGCGAAGAUCAAUACAAAUAUGUUACAAAACCACCAUACAAAUUAAGUGCAACCGUACUUUUAGUAUACGAAGACAUACUCGAACAAAUUGCCAAUUCUGAAGGUGAACGUGAUGAUUUAAUUAAGCAAUAUUUAAGAAUCUAUCUUAAUGAUAAGAAUAGAUAUGACGAAAAAGUAUAUUGUAAAGGUGCAGAAUUUUUUGGUCUUGCUGAAAGUUAUAUUCCAUUGUCAUUCGAAGGAAGGGAUGAAAUUACUCCUGAAGACAAUUACGAACUUGAUUUUGAAAAAAUUAGGGAAAAGGCGGGAACAAUUCUGGGUGAACUGGAAAAGAUUACACUUUAA